CGCCUCUGGCUUGCGUGCUAGUCGAAUUGGGCGCUUGGUGGUGGCAGGCACUUGAUCCGUGUGUUGCGUUGCUGGCCUGCACUCCUCGCCGCCGCCUCAUCCGGUGUGCCGGCGUGCGGCGGCCACUUCUUCCACCUUCCUUCUUUCCUUUCCCUUGCUCGCGCAUGUCACCUCCAUUGACCCGACUAGCAAACACAGCUCGCCAUCUCUCCCACACGACCAAGUCGACCAUCGCAUCAACGAUCAUGGCCAGCGCAAACACCGACUACAAGGUCCGCCAGAUUGGCGCAAAGAACACUCUCGAGUACCGAGUCUACCUCGAGCACGCAAAGAGUGGACAGCCCGUCUCCCUCUUCCACGAUGUGCCCCUCUUUGCAAAUGAGGACAAGAGCGUCCUUAACUUCAUCGUAGAGAUCCCGAGGUGGACCAACGCUAAGCAAGAGAUCAGCAAGGAGGAGCCCUUCAACCCCAUCAAGCAGGACACCAAGAAGGGCAAGCUCAGGUUCGUUCGCAACUGCUUCCCGCACCACGGCUACAUCUGGAACUACGGUGCUUUCCCUCAGACCUGGGAGGACCCCUCUCACACCCACCCUGACACCAAGGCAAAGGGCGACAACGACCCGCUCGACGUCUGCGAGAUCGGUGAGGCCGUCGGCUACCCGGGUCAGAUCAAGCAGGUCAAGGUCCUGGGUGUCAUGGCUCUCCUCGACGAAGGCGAGACCGACUGGAAGGUCAUCGUCGUUGACAUCAACGACCCCCUCGCCGGCAAGCUCAACGACAUCGAGGACGUCGAGCGUCACCUUCCCGGUCUGAUCCGUGCUACCAACGAGUGGUUCCGCAUCUAUAAGAUCCCCGACGGAAAGCCCGAGAACCAGUUUGCCUUCAGCGGUGAAGCAAAGAACCGCAAGUACGCUACUGAGGUGGUCCACGAGUGCCACGAGGCGUGGAAGAGGCUCGUAGGCGGUCAGGCCGACGCUGGAGAGGUUAGCAUCGUCAACGCUACGGUACAGGGUAGCAAGGGACACGCCGAGGGUGCGAGCGCGGCUCAGCAGGUUCCUCACGCUAACCCGCUGCCGGAUGCACCUAUUAGCUCUAGUGUCGACAAGAGCUUCUUCUUGUCGAGCACUUCGGCGCCCUAGAGCGGCGAAGAGGGCUAGAGAUAGACAGGUAGAGGGACGACGCUGAACGCGGAAUGAAAUAUUGAUCAUUCAAAUCACACCUCUGCGUCGCGGAGUUAAGCGCAAUCUUUGACCACGCCGAUCCGAUCGCGGCAGACGUAGACGAGCGCCAGUUGACGGUGUUGAUUGAGAAGUCAUAGAAAAAAAUCGCGAGACGCUAAUGAACAUUGACGUGAGAGAGA